CUAAAGAGUAAGUACAUCAUCUAAUUCACUAACAUGUUAUUUGUAAUUCCCAGAGGUUUCCUAUCACUUUUCCCCCUGUCUGUGUAAGUAUGCCCUUCUCUUUCAUUCAACAGUACCCUACAGGCGGAGACACGUGAAGGUCCAGGAGUUGUUUCAGAGUUCAUCUCUCCUCGCACGUGGCUCCUCUGGGAUGGAUUUCUCUUUGAGUUCCUCCUCUGCGGGUUUGGGCUCAGUGGACCCGCAGCUGCAGCAUUUCAUGGAGGCAGAGAAUCAGAAGCAGCGCUUCCAGCAUCUGGUGCACCAGAUGACGGAACUUUGUUGGGAGAAGUGCAUGAACAAGCCUGGGCCAAAGUUGGACAGUCGGGCUGAGGCCUGUUUUGUGAACUGCGUUGAGCGCUUCAUUGACACAAGCCAAUUCAUCUUGAAUCGACUGGAACAGAAAUCCAAGUCAGUGUUCUCAGAAAGCCUUUCUGACUGAUUUCAGCAUUACCUUUUUGGAAAAGGAAGUGAGUUCAAGAAUGGCUGAAGAAAAGGCUAUGGGGAGAUUGGCUCCCACCCUUGGCCCUCUUAGAGCAUCUGGCCAUCUGAGAAUGAACAAAGGUCAAUAUUUUUGUGUGUUUGGGGCUUGGGGGUCAUAUGUGUAUUUGGCUGUGUGUGUGUUUUUAUGUUAAUCUUGUGCAAACAAUUGACACAUAAAUGGAAAACUUUUCUAGAUGCAUAUUACUGUAGAUGGGAAUAUGUUUUUCUGAACGUCCCAUUAUCUGUUUUCUAUAAUUUGGAUAGUGGAACUGCUUCUUGUAAUUUAAUAGUGGGACCAUCUGGGUAAAAUCUGUCAUUUCUGUGGAUUCAUUUCAGAUGCCUAGGGACACUGAUACACAUCCUGGUGUCUUUGAGCAAGGGUGGCAAUGGGGGAAGACUUACUUGGUACUUAAUUAGUGUUUUGACAAUCAGUGCUGGGGAAAAAAAAAAAAAGGAAUAUUCACACAAUACAGUUCAGCUUUCUAAAUUAUCUCCCUUCCCUAUACUGUGGUUUACUUAAGUAUCUAUAUAAAGUAUGCUCUCGAGAUAG